UCCGCUGCGCCCGGAGCGACGCCGCCGCCGCAGCCGACACCAGAGGAGCCGGCCAGGCAGGAGCCGGCAAGGGACGAGCCGGCGCGCACUGGGGACGCUGACUCGCGCGCGCUGGUGAGGACGGAGGGCCCAGCGGGCCCGUCUGAGGGCCUUCAUGUGGCCAAGGGUGCCCGGUUGGUGGCUGUGCCGUCUGCCUCCGACUCCAGCUUCGGCUCGGCAGGAACCAUGGAGAGGGCAUGGCAUCAGGCGAAUUCCUGCGAGGUACUCAGCCGGGAGGGGCAGCCUGGCACGGCGCCCAUGAAGAUGCUUUUCUCCGGCUACCGCGCCAGCCUCAAGACCAAGGCCGCCGAGACCCUUGCCCAGCUGGCGAUGCUGGAGGAUGCUGAGAAGACGGUUGAGGAGCGGCGCACCGUCUUGUACAACCAGGUGGUGACCAGCUACCACCGGGCCAAGAUCGAGCGGGCCGCCUUGGCUCGUGAGCUGGAGGCCGUCAAGGCUGAAGCCGCCAAAGUCCCGCAGCUGGAGUCGGAUCUCCGAGCCGCUCGCGCGCAGUGCGCCGAGAGCGAGGAGGCGGGCCGAUCCGCCGCCGGCAAGCUCAAGCUGGCUGAGCAGGAGCUGACACGGCUGCGCCUGCUGGAGAAGAACCACAUCACCGAGCUCAACUCCCUCAGGUCGGCGGAGAAGGAGAAGGUGGACGAUCUGAGCCGGCGGCUGUCGGAGGUGGAGAAGCAGCGGCUUGCGCUGCAGGAGGAGGUCACUGCCAAGUCCACGGAGCUGACGGCUACCGCCAAGCGCUGGACUGAUGAUUUCAGCGCGCUUGAUCGCGGCUUGGCGGCUGAGUGCAUCUUUAUGUUCCUUCCCUUUGCCGGCUUUCGGCUGUCGACUGCCGACUUUUGUUGGCAGCCGGCAGCAGAAACUUCUGAUUUCUUCGUUAUCCUCAUCUUUUGGGCUGGUGGCAGUCGGUUCUUGCCGGCUGCCGCCAGGCGUUUCCUUUUGGUUUAGG